CACCCUCACCCUCUCACCCUUCCUCGACACCACCAAACCCAAAGAAACAUGUCGACCCCCUCAUCCGCCAAACCAACAACCCCCCUAACCCUAGACGCCCACCCCCCCGCCGAACCCCUCUGCGUAACGAUCCGUUUCUCCGCCUCGAUCACCGACCUACCCCUCGACAUCUUCUCCCCCGAAACCACCACCUCGGCGGGGCUCAAACAACUCAUCCGCACGCGCCUACCCCCCAACCUCUCCUCGCACCGUCUCCGUCUCAUCCACGCCGGCCGUGGCCUCGAAGACAAAACCCCGCUCUCCGUGUCCCUAAAACUGCCGCCAACGCCCACCCGAAGCCCCCGACCCGAAGCCAAUGAUGGAGAAUCAGACAGCAAAGACAAGGGUAAGGGGAAAGCGCCGGUCCGCAACAACAACAACAACAAACCCCGUCUGUACAUCCACUGUUCCAUCGGGGAUAUUGUUCUCUCGGAAGCUGAUCUCGCCGCUGAAGCUGCGAUCGCGUCCACACUCCACGAGCAGCAGCGGGAACAGCGGCAGCGACGGCGGUCUUCGCUGUCGGAUGGGGGACACAGGAAGGAUGGUGCGCAGCAGAAUACCCAGCAGCAACAGCAACAGGAAGGCCAGUCUAGCACUACGACGCCCGCGCCCCGGGGCUUUGAUCGGCUAUUAUCGGCGGGGUUCACGGCGGCGGAGGUGGCGGGCCUUCGAUCGCAGUUUCUGGCUGUGCAGUCGGUGUCACGGACACCGGAUACGAUGCCGACGGGGGCGGAGUUGCGGGAGCUAGAGGAUCGGUGGAUGGAUGAGGGGUCGUCGGCGGCGGCGAUGGCGGCGGGGGGUGGGGAGGCCGGGGACGGGGGGUGUCGUUUACGGAUGAUGAUGGGGGGUUUGGGGCUGGGUCGCGUGGCGCGAUGGAUGAUAUGCUUUGGGGAGCGGUGA